GAGACUCAGACUGAAAGCAUGAAUGCCCAUGCCGCAGUUCAGGUCUCAGGCUGUGGAGAACGCCUGGCCCUGUCACUGCUACAGGAGGGCAGCAGGGAUACCACCUGUGUGUGGUGGUGCGAGCAGGUGGAUGAUCUGCUCAGCCUGGUGGUAGAGCUAAAGGAGGAAGUGGAAAGGCCUUAUUAGGAUGCAGUGUUACCAAUUAUCUGACAGUGUAUUGUCAGCUAAUCAGAAAUAAGGGCACAGGAUUGUAUCUACUGUGUGAAACUCUUCAUUUACAUCUUUACGACUCAGUAGUGUAUGCCUAGGAGCUCACAAGCCUGUGAGCAAAACAGCUGCUGAGCUGAAGGCGAAUGUUGGUCUUCCUCCUCUGUCCUACUGUGGCUGUCUCUGGCCUCGCAUCAAAAGCAGGAGAGCCUGGGCAGUAUGGCUGCUCUCGGGCCCACUUCCAAAGCUUUCUUGGUAAGCAUGUGCACACAUCCCUCCUACUGGAGGAGUUUGGUCUAUGUCAUUUAAACCCUGGGGCCGUGAGCUAGCCCCACCCGCGCAGGGCGACGGGUCACAAUGGGGCUCUUUGUGACCUAUCCCUGUGACACCCAGGGAUAGCUGGCGCCAACCUGGAGGUCACACAGUGUCCGACAGGGCAGGAGUGUGCGGGUCUGGCGAGGAGUCCCAGAGCGCAGCGCACAUCAUUUCCCUCUACCCCUGGCAGCCCCGUGGCUGCCACCUCCCCACCUUCAGCCUUCAUCCCACAGGAUGGAGGAGAGACCCCCCAGCCGCCCCAGGGUGGCCUGGGCAGAGAGCGGGGCUCCCCAGGAGAGAAGACCUCCACCGGAGCCCUACGAGGUGACUGAGGUGCAGUCGCUGCAUGGUGAUGCAGAGGAGGAGAAUGAGGAGAUGGAGAAGGAGACCAUAGAUACCAUACAAAGCUUCCUCGGGAGUACCGAAAAGGUGCUGCUGCCCUUCACCACAUCCCAGAGAAAAACCGUGCAUGAGAUGGACAUGGAGCAGAUCUGGAAGCUUUGCGGCUUCAUGGCCAGCAGUUUCUCCCAGGAGCCAUUUGGACAACUCCUUCAACCUUCUCAGAGGACAGACGUUGUCCUCAUGGCCCUUGAAAAGACCGCUGGAGGCUGCUGUGUUGAGGACAGUGAGUGGGCCAAAAUUAUCCUGGAUGUGGUUCUGAGACAGCCUGGCAUCUGGCUGAUGGAUGUGCCAGUGAUUAUGGCGUUCAUCCACAGACACCUAAAAAGCAAGAAAACAUCAAUUCAGCAGACGCUCUUCUCAGUGCUUGACGUGCUGGCCUACCAGUUUCCCAGAGAUGUGCUGACAGCUGUGUUGAUCCACCUUCCACAGAGUGACAGCACUACUCUGGAUAUGUGGAAGAGUAUGCUUUACUUCCCACGGUCAUCAGGGAGGGUCUUGGAAGUGCUGUGCACUGUGCUCAAGGAGGAAGACCUCUGCGGGAUACCCACAGCAGAGUUGGACCUCGUUCGCCUGACUGUGCCAGAGAUUCUUGCGUCCAUCCAUAGAAACCUGAAAAGCCCACCUACAUUACAUCAGCCGACCUUCUUGUCACUGCUGGAUAUGCUGGCCUGCCAGUUCCCUAGAAAUGUGCUGACGUGCGUGUUGACCCACCUUCCACAGAAUGACAGCACUACUCUGGAUAUGUGGAAGAGUAUGCUUUCAUCCACACGGUCAUCAGAGAGGGUCUUAGAAAUGCUAUUCCUUGUCUUCAAGAUGGGCACUCUGUGCGGGAUACCCACAGCAGAGUUGGACCUCCUUCACCUGACUGUGCCAGAGAUUCUUGGGUCCAUCCAUAGAAACUUGAAAAGAAGCCGUGCAUCACUUCAGGAGACACUCUUCUCAUUGCUGGAUAUGCUGACCAGACACUUUCCCAGAGAUGUGCUGAUGAGUGUGUUGACCCACCUUCCACAGUGUGACAGCACUACUCUGGACAUCUGGGAGAGCCUGCUUGCCCCAGCAGCGACUUCAGAGAGGGUCUUGGAAGAGCUGUGCAGUGUUCUUCAGGACCAACAGCUGUGCAUGACCUUUAACUUCACCACCGUGGAUUUUGGCCUUCUUCGUCUGACUGUGAUGCGCCCCACUGAAGAGAUCCUGCAGGAGUUAUGUAACCCAGACCUCUUCGAGAUGUUCCUGAAGAUUAAAAGCUUGCCACUACUAUGGCUGGUGCUCAGAGGCCUUGUCCUCCUGUCAGAGAGACCUGAGACGGCAAGAGAAAUACGGGCCCUGCUGCCAGACAUCAUGGAGACCCUGCAGUUUGGCAACGUGCACGUCACUCUUAACGCACUGAAUAUCUUCAGAAACAUGAUGAAUCAUCUGGGGAAGAUGGUGCUGCGUCCCAUUACUCUGGAGCUGGCCGACAAGCUCCUGCAUCUUUUUAAUCACGUGUCAGGUGAAGUACGAGAGUCUUCCAUCCUCCUCUUCCAAGAUGUGAUGGAGGCUGUGGUGUGGUGGCAAAAGGGAAAAAUGCGGAAGAAUGUACGCCGGGGCCUGCUCCCUCUGCUCUUUCGGAACAGUGAUGAGACCUCAAGUGUUGCAGAGGCGGCGGGGGAAACCCUUCUUGCUUGUGCAAAGUUCCUGAACUGGCAGGAGCUCAAGCACCAGGCCGAGAAGAGGAAUAUGGUGGGGAUCAGGGAGUGCUUGCUACAGCAGGACAGGAAGAGGGUGGAUAAAUACCUGCAGCAGAGCCUGCUCUACCUGAGGGAUUCUCAGGCUGCUAUGCGACAAGAGGCUCUCUCGUUCAUUGGGCUGGCGUGGGUCUACUGGGACCAAAGUGAGGAAAUGCGGAAGAAAAUCUACAGUGUCCUCCAUCCUUUGGAACAUGACAGCCAUCCGACGAUCCGUUCUCUGGCAACUUCCACAAUCCUGAUGCUGAGAUAUUCACGUCAGCAGGCAAAAUCAGGAGGGGGCAGGCUGGUAGAACUGUGUUGCUGGCCCUGCAAUCCCCUCUUUCGUCAUAAGUAUGAUUGAUUAUGCCACUGAUUCUAUGAAGUUUUUUUAUUGUUCUAUGAUUAAAUUCUAUAAUAACUACAAAGCCGUUCCCUUGGUGUCCUCCUGUGUUGAGCUUAUGCGCAAGGCUUCUGUAGCAGUGGGCCAGAGGUGGAACCCGCAUGGGGAGGGCUUGGGUGAAGAGCCUGCCCCAGCCAUCUCCAAAUGGGAUCUGGCCCUGGAGGAGCCCAUGUAGGAGCAGCUGGAUCAGGGCUGAAGGAGGUUGCAACCCAUGAGAAGAACCAUGGUGCUGUAGGCUGUCUCCCUGCGGCUCAUGGUGUCAAGAAUGGACAGAAAUCAGAGGAUUGGUCUGGAUGCAAGAGUGCAUCCUCAGCACGUUUGCUGACAGUACUCAAGGGGGAGGUGCAACUGAUUCUCUGGAGGGGUGAGAGGCCUUUCAUGGGGAGAGAGGUCCAUUGCAGGGCUGGACAAUCAGCAACAGCCUGCAUUCCCACUGAAGAAAAUAAAGUCUUUAAACUGGCGUACAUCAUUCCAGGCUUGGGGAGGAGUGGCUGGAAAGCUGCCUGAUGGAAAGGGACCGGAAAGGGACUUGGUGUACUGUAGCAGUUACCAACUAUGAGGUUGCUCUUUAUUGUCAGAGCACUGUAUAAGGGAUCAAAAGCUAUCAUGUUCCUUGCCAGUGACCGGUCUAUAAUUAACCUCUUCAUGUCUUGCUGUGGAGUUGUGUUCAUAUACAACCAAAUAAGGGCCCUGAUAGAGGUGCCUGCGUGGUGGCUUUAUGCAAUGUGGUAUAAUUUGAAUUUUGAGUCCUUCGAACCCAUUUCCAGGCUUCCCUCUCAGUUUGUUGAACGUUUUUCGAAUAUCGAGUCAGUGCUCAUACUUUUGUGCAUAUUAUCAAUAUCUUUGAAUGUAUUCCUCUUCAUUCGUGCUAAGUGGAAGAAGCCUCCUCCAAGACCAGAGAAUGAUGACUGGCAAGGAAUAUGGAAAGGUUUAGGAAGAAUCUUAGAAGCGUGGGGACCCGCCGUGCCAUGGGAUUUCACUCCUGAACAUCUGUGGGAUCCCGAGAAACUGAGCCAGCAUUUGAGUCAGAGGCAGUGCGACUUAUAGAUCAAAGGGGGCACAGCUCUUCUGGGGCUUGGCUUGUGCCUACCGUGCCCUGUAUAGUACUGUUCUGGAGAG